AUGGGCAUUUUCGAGAAUCUCCAGAGAAGAGCCGCCAAGUCGGGGCUAGCUCCCAAACUUAUCGCGUCGCUUCGGUAUCUUUCUUUGAUUGCCGCAUUGGCCGGGAUUGUAUGGCUUCUCGUUCUGCCCAUUGAUGGCCAGUAUCGGAAGACCUACAUAUCAGAGAAUGCAUUGCUACCGGCCCAGGCCCGAACGUAUUUUCGUGAAUCCGAAUGGAAUAUCGUCCGUGGUUAUAGAGAAGAGGUCAAUAUGCUAGAAACUGCGUCGCCUGAACAGCGUAGUCAGGCAAUUGUCGAGUGGAUGGACGAUAUUGGCCUUAAAACUUCAGUCCAUCACUGGGAGGUCGCACAUCCAGGACAUAAAAAUGAAUCUUUAAGUGGAACUAAUGUCUAUGGUAUUUUACAUUCUCCACGGGGUGGCCAUGCUGAAGCUAUGGUACUGACAGCUCCCUGGAUUAAUAAAGAUUACCAAUUCAAUGGUGGAGGUGUGGCUUUAGUGGUGGCUCUGGCAAGAUAUUUCCACAAAUGGUCCAUUUGGUCGAAGAAUAUUAUUUUCGUUGUUAGUUCUGAUAGUCAAUUCUCGCUUCGAUCGUGGAUUUCCGCGUACCAUACUUCGCUGCCAAAUACGGCUGGUAGUAUUGAAGGCGCCGUGGUACUGGACUAUCCUGACAAGUCUGAUUAUCUCGACUCGGUGGAGAUAUUCUAUGAAGGACUCAAUGGCCAACUGCCUAAUUUGGAUCUUAUUAAUACAGCGGUGAUUAUUUCCAAUCACGAGGGACUCAAAGUAUUUAUUCAGGGGAUGAUUUCUGCUGGGUUUAAUAUAUACAAGGAACGGGUUCAGACUUUGUUUAGAGGUAUAUUGGCACAAUUGGUUGCCGGUAUUGGUCCUGGUCCUGGUAGUGAGAAUUUUAGUGGUUGGAGAAUCGACUCUAUUACACUACGUGCGAGAGGUACUGCUGGUCCUAUGGAUAUCACGACUUUUGGCCGUAUAGCCGAGUCGUUGUUUAGGUCUAUUAACAAUCUGUUGGAACACUUUCAUCAGUCGUUUUUCUUUUAUUUCCUUCUCUCGCCCCGAAAAUUCGUUAGUAUUGGAACAUACCUUCCAGCUGCCAUGUUAUUAGCCAACAGUUUUCUGUUGAUUGCCGUUUAUAAUCUCGUGAUGACUACGAAGCGAGAUUUUCAAACCAUUAUAUUUGUUCCUGGAAUUAUUCUAGCAGUAGUCGUAGCCACUUCUCAGCUAUUUGGAUAUGUGUCGCUGUUGAUUGAGUCUAAAUCAGUUUUCCCGUUUGUCAUUUCUGGUGGGGUUGUCUUCUCAUUAGGAGUGCCAUCGGCAAUAAAACUCUUGACAGGAAAGAACACAUUUUCCGUGUCGACUCUACUCUCUCUGCAUUCGCUGACCAUGAUCCUCUACAGUCUGUUUUUGACGACCCUUUCAACUCUUAACUUUUCACUCUCUUUCUGCCUUGGUCUUGUCACCAUUCCCCUGGCUUGGAUCCGCCCUGGAAUGCCUCUUUACAAAAGCAUCAUCCUUCUCACUAUUAGCUCGCCUUGGGUUGGUCUGGUCAUACUCAGUGCAAUCAAAGAACUGCCACCACAUGAACUAAUAUUGUCUCUGGUAUGGGCCUGGCGAGGUCUCCAGGUCUGGACCUGGGGCAUCAUCACCGGCAUCUGGCUGCCUGUCUGGUUGGUCUGUGUUGUCGUUGCCUCUGCUCCUACUCCUGCCCCUGCUCCACAGACUGAGAAGAAAGCCUCAUGA